AUGGCGAAGAAGGGCAAGGAAAAGAGGAUCAAGGAUCCUAGAGACAUCCCUCUGGCACAGCCGGACCGGUCUGGUCCCAGCGAAGCCACCCUGCUCCAGCUCGCCCAGGAGAGAGGUCUCUUCAAACAGGCCGACCAGGAUCCGAGGAACAAGAACGUGCCCAAGGGCGCCGUCCGCAUCGACAGGCCCAGCAAAGAGCAUAGCAGCGAUGAUGAAGAGGACGACGACGACGACGACGACGACGAUGAAGCCAAGCUGUCCCCAGCCAUGGAACGCGUCAUGGACACUCUACUGUGGACAGUGAGUCUCGCCAUGGUCCACGGCACACUUGAUGUGCUGGUCCAGAACCAGUACGCCAAGGAGAUCGAGUAUCCCGUCGUCAUCGGCCGUACGCUGGCUGCCUUCCUGGUCCUCUCCUUCCUCUUCUACAACCUACACGCCCACCCUACCAGCCCGAACCUCGUCCCGGGACUCCCGCUGCGCUUCCAGCAUCCCAUCCGCCAGGCUGUUUUCUUCGUGGCCGGCACCUGGGCCGGGUGCCACCUGAUAUACAUCACCAACAAGUUCAGCUACCUGUACGUCCUCAAGCAGGCGCCGACGCUGGGCUGCGUAUGGAUCUGGUCCGUCCUCGAGCUCGAUCUGCCCGUCGCCGUCGCCAGCCUGGCCACGGCCGGAGCGUACAUGCUGCAAGGGGGAUACGCCAUCAAAUGA